AUGGGAGUAAAUACGAAAAGCAAUACACUGCUUACACUUGUUUCCAAGUGGGCAGUCUCCAAUUCCAUUAUUAUUCCUACCAACAACAAUUCUGCAUUGGAAAAUCAUCACAAUGUGCAACAAUCAACAAGCCUUUUAGAUUUGCUUCCGAUGAGAGUAAUUGAAGAAUUACUAUCCUAUCAAUCGGCCUCUUCAUUGGAACAUUACUAUUCUCUUUAUUCUUCAUCAAACUCUUCAUCAUCAAAUGUAUUGAUGAAUAAUAAUUAUAAUAUUAAUUUGAAUAAUAGGAAAUUAAUGCAAAGGAUUGUGGAUCAAUGUUUUGCAAGAUUAAUCGGAAUUCAAUUUGGAGAACCUCUAAUUUACUCUAAAUUGCAGACAAAACAAGGACAGUUACUGAAGGAAGGUGAGGAAUUGGGAUUAUCAUCACUCGAAGACUUGGAUGAUGAAGGUUAUCAUAUAACAAGCUAUUUUGAAAGUUAUUUGCAAAAGUGUUUGGUGAAUGUGUUAUCGGAGAGACAAAUUAUUGAAUUUGUCAAGAUGAGUGAUGAAGAGAAUGAAAAAGUGAAUGAAGAUUGUGUUGUUUAUAAGGAAUUUCUCGAUUUACCAAUUGCAGAUUCUGUUCUUAAUCUUGCAUUUUCGGAAUUUGAUGAGAACAAUGAAAUAUUUCACUACUCAAAACGUAUUUUCAAUACGAUUGGACAAGCUGUUUCUAAAUUUGCUAAAUAUUCGAAAAAAAUAUCAGUUCCAAAGACUCUCUUGAAAUAUUUGGAUGAAAGUUGUUCGAUUGAGGAGUUUUUUAGCAAUUUUACUCAUGUUCAUGAAAUAUCCUUCAGAGAUAUGAGAGAUUCAGAUGUUCAAAAUAUUAUUCAUAUUCUCAAGCAGUGUAAUAAUGUAGAAUCACUUUCAUUUUAUCAUACAUUUUUCACAGAGUCCAAUCUUGCAAUGGUUUUAGAUAUUUACUCAGACGCCAUCUAUGUGCCUCCAACAGAUUAUUCAGUCUAUUUUAGUGAUGAUAUCAUGGAAAAGAAACCAAUAGAACCAGCAAAUGCCAUGGUAUAUGAUGAAUUUGAUUUUUAUAGUGACAUUCUGUCUCCUUCAGUCCCAAUCGAAACAACAUUGGAAUCCAAUAAGAAAAGAGAAAAUAAUAACUUGUUUAUAGAAGACGAGCUUGAUUCCAAAAAGAGAAAAACAGAUCCACCCAAACUCAAGAAACUCUCAUUCAGAUCGAUAUCUCUGUAUCACUCAUCCUGUAAAUCAAUUAGAGAAAUAUUGGAAUAUAACUCAACAGAUAUGCAUGGAGUGGAGCUGAAUUUUUCCUUCAAUGAAAUGAGUUCAGUAAUGGCCAAUGAGAUGCUCUCAGGAGAAUCCAUAAGAAAUAUAACAAGAUUAAUACUCACAGAAAACAAUGUAGAAAAUGACUUUCUCAUUCACCUCUCAUCUCAAAAAGACUUUUUCAAAAGUAUCAAACAUCUAGAUUUGAGUAAUAAUAACUUUGUUGGAACUAUUGGAGUGAAUGCAUUAUUCACAGCAUUGAAUAACUAUUCUUCAGGUAUUUCUUUGGAACAUUUGAAUAUUAGUCACAACAAACUCGGGGGAACAGACCUCCUCAAUGACAAUUAUCGAAUUGUACACCAAAAUGAAUUUAGCAAAUUGAUAGAAUACUUGAAUGGGCCUAAUUGCAACUUGAAAGAACUUUUGAUCUCAAAUUGUGAUUUAACCCAAACAAUGGUCGAAUCACUCCUACUUGCUGUGGCCAAUAAUUCAUCCCUAACCACAUUGGACAUUUCCAAUACUCAUUCCCUCCGUUUGUGUGGUUCUUCUCUGUCUCUAAUGAUCACCUCCAACAGCCCCCUGAAGAAAAUGUCCAUAUCCACAUGCUCCCUCAAUGAAAUUUCAGAUUCUCUCUUUAAUUCUCUCCUCUCCAAUACCUCUCUUAGAUAUUUAGAUUUGAGUGGAAAUCGUUUCAAAGAAUAUGGUGGGAAGAACAUUCUGACCUAUCUCAGAACCAAAAUUGAUCAGCAACUCACAGAAAAACGAAACAAACAUCAACCAUUCCAUUUGAAUACUCUCGAUUUAUCCUCCAAUACUCUAACAGAACAAUUUUGUCUCCAAUUGACCCAACUCUUUGCCUCUCACUCCACGGAUACAACUGAACUAUUGGACAAACACUAUCUUCAAGCUAAUGGAUUACCUCUCAUUGACAUUCUCCAAUUGGAAAACAACUUUUUCUCUCCUCAUCUCACUCUGAGAUUAAAACAAGCAGCUCUCGACAGUUUCAUUGUGAAUCGAAUUGUUCUCACCAAUGAAGAUGGAUCCUCUGAGGUAUUUUCUAAUGUUUGUGAUGGAACCACUCUCACUUGA